UGCUACUACUUCUGAUACCUGUAAAUCUGCCCUUAAAGAUCACUGAAAAUAAAAAAUAUCUACUUUCGUUUCACGUCAGUGGUAUUUGACAGGUCCCCUCAAUUCUCUGACGUUUACCCCGCCCCAUCAAUCCUGGGUUGUUUACAAUACUGCCACAGGCCAGGAAUGGUAAGGGGCUGACGGACUCUUUUGGAACAUACCUCGUCAACUAGCUACUUUUACGAUAGAGGCCGUCUCUGAAAAGUAUUAGCGCACAGGGAAAGGUGCCACGCAAGAGCGGCCCGGCAACUCGACUGCAGCACGACCUUGGAUUGGAAAAGUAAGCACCAUCGCCACCCGAAAAUAACAGUAACGAGGCUCCCACUUCCUGGUGUGUGAGGGAUUGAUCUCCUGUCACCAUGGACAUGGACACCCAGCCACAAGGCCAGCAGGCAGCAGUACCUGUGUUCCAGCAACAGAAGCCGCUUCAGCCGGACAUGGGCCACAACUCUCUGGCUAACUUCCAGAUUGAGAAGAAGAUUGGGCGGGGCCAGUUCAGUGAGGUGUACCGGGCCAGGUACCUGAUGGACAACACCUCCAUGGCCCUCAAGAAGGUUCAGAUAUUCGACUUGAUGGAUGCCAAAGCUCGGCAAGAUUGCAUCAAAGAAAUAGAUCUCCUAAAGCAACUGAACCACCCAAACGUGAUCAAGUACCAUGCAUCAUUUAUUGAGGAGAAUGAGCUGAACAUUGUGUUGGAGCUGGCCGAUGCUGGUGACCUCUCCCGGAUGAUCAAGCACUUCAAGAAGCAGCGGAGGUUAAUUCCAGAGAGGACAGUGUGGAAGUACUUUGUCCAGCUGUGCAGUGCGCUGGAACACAUGCACUCCCGACGGGUUAUGCACAGAGAUAUAAAGCCAGCUAAUGUGUUCAUAACAGCCACAGGAGUGGUGAAGCUGGGAGAUCUGGGACUAGGACGAUUCUUCAGCUCUAAAACCACCGCUGCCCAUUCUUUAGUGGGGACCCCGUACUACAUGUCUCCAGAGAGAAUACAUGAAAACGGAUACAACUUCAAGUCUGACAUCUGGUCUCUAGGCUGCCUGCUCUACGAGAUGGCAGCUCUCCAGAGCCCAUUCUAUGGCGAUAAGAUGAACCUGUACUCUCUGUGUAAGAAGAUAGAGCAGUGUGACUACCCUCCGCUCCCUUCCGACCACUACUCUGAAGAGCUGAGGAAGGUGGUAGAUAUGUGUAUUAACCCCGACCCAGAGAAGAGGCCGGACAUCAUGUAUGUGUAUGACGUCGCCAAACACAUGCACGGCCAGACGCAGCAGGGCAGCUAAGUCUACACCUGGAGAUAACAAUACGACCCGCAUCUCUUCCUCUCUUCCCUCCUCCUUUCAUCCCUCGCUUCCACAUAAGGGCAGGCAGACACCGAUCUUGUCUUUCACACAAUCAUGUAUUGAGAAGUUCUGCAAAAAAAGAAAAAGUUCUGUAAUGUAGGUGUUUUGUUUAAGAGAAGGGGGUUAUGUACAGUGCAUUCGUAAAGUAUUCAGACCCCUUCACUUUUUCCACAUUUUGCUACUUUACAGCCUUAUCCUAAGAUGGAUUAAAUGUCUUUUCCCCUCAUCAAUCUACACACAAUACCCCAUAAUGACAUACAGUUGAAGUCGGAAGUUUACAUACACCUUAUCCAAGUAUAUUUAAACUCAGUUUUUCACAAUUCCUGACAUUUAAUCAGAGUAAAAAUUCCCUGUCUUAGGUCAGUUAGGAUCACCACUUUAUUUUAACAAUGUGAAAUGUCAGAAUAAUAGUAGAGUGAUUUAUUUCAGCUUUUAAAUGGUUUAACUUGGGUCAAACGUUUUGGCUAGCCUUCCACAAGCUUCCCACAAUAAGGGUUUGUAGCCUCCUUGCUCACACACGCUUUUUCAGUUCUGCCCACAAAUUUUCUAUGGGAUUGAGGUCAGGGCUUUGUGAUGGCCACUCCAAUACCUUGACGUUGUUGUCCUUACGCUAUUUUGCCACGACUUUGGAAGUAUGCUUGGGGUCAUUGUCAAUUUGGAAGACCCAUUUGCGACCAAGCUUUGACUUCCUGACUGAUGUCUUGAAAUGUUGCUUCAAUAUAUCCACAUAUUUUUCCUUCCUCAUGUUGCCAUCUAUUUUAUGAAGUACACCAGUUCCUCCUGCAGCAAAGCACCCCCAACAACAUGAUGCUGCCACCCCUGUGCUUCACGGUUGGGGAUGGUAUUCUUUGGCUUGCAAGCCUCACCCUUUUUCCUCCAAACUUAACGAUGGUCAUUAUGGCCAAACAGUUCUAUUUUUGUUUCAUCAGACCAGAGGACAUUUCUCCAAAAAGUACAGUCUUUGUCCCCAUGUGCAGUUGCAAACCAUAGUCUGGCUUUUUUUAUGGCGGUUUUGGAGCAGUGGCUUCUUCCUUGUCGAACGGCCUUUCAGGUUAUGUUGAUAUAGGAUUCGUUUUACUGUGGAUAUAGAUACUUUUGUACCUGUUUCCUCCAGCAUCUUCACAAGGUCUUUUGCUGCUGUUCUGGGAUUGAUUUGCACUUUUCGCACCAAUGUACGUUCAUCUCUAGGAGACAGAACGCGUCUACUUCCUCAGCGGUAUGACGGCUGCAUGGUCCCAUGGUGUUUAUACUCGUGUACUAUUGUUUGUACAGAUAAACAUGUUACCUUCAGGCGUUUGGAAAUUUCUCCCAAGGAAUAACCAGACUUGUGGAGGUCUACAAUUUUCUUUCUGAGGUCUUGGCUGAUUUUCCCAUGAUGUCAAGCAAAGAGGCACUGAGUUGGAAGGUAGACCUUGAAAUACAUCCACAGGUAUACCUCCUAUUUACUCAAAUGAUGUCAAUUAGCCUACCAGAAGCUUCUAAAGCCAUGACAUCAUUUUCUGGAAUUUUCCAAGCUGUUUAAAGGCACAGUCAACUUCGUGAAUGUAAACUUCUGACCCUCUGGAAUUGUGAUACAGUGAAUUAUAAGUGAAAUAAUCUGUCUGUAAACAAUUGUUGAAAAAUGACUUGUCAUGCACAAAGUAGUUGUCCUAACCGACUUUCCGAAACUAUAGUUUGUUAACAAGAAAUUUGUGGAGUGGUUGAAAAUGAGUUUUAAUGACUCCAACCUAAGUGUAUGUAAACUUCUGACUUUAACUGUAUAAAAAUAAUAAUAAUAAUAUGAAAUAUUACAUUGAGAUAAAUAUUCAGACCCUUUACUCAGUACUUUGUUGAAGCACCUUUGGCAGUGAUUAUAGCCUUGAGUCUUCCCAUUCAGAUCCUCUCAAACUCUGUCAGGUUGGAUGGGGAGUGUCGCUGCACAGCUAUUUUCAGGUCUCUCCAGAAUUGUUCGACCGGGUUCAUCUAUGAGACAGCCUAUAGGGAGGAGGUCAGAGAACUGGCAGUGUGGUGCCAGGACAACAACCUCUCUCUCAAUGUGAGCAAGACAAUGAGCUGAUUGUGGAUGACAGGAAAAGGCGGGCCGAACAAGCCCCCCUUAACAUCAACGGGCUGUAGUGGAGCGGGAAGAGUUUCAAGUUCCUUGGUGUCCACAUUUCCAACGAACUAUCAUGGUCCAAACAGACCAAGACAGUCGUGAAGAGGGCACGACAAAACCUUUUCCCCCUCAGGAGACUGAAAAGAUUUGGCAUGGGUCCCCAGAUUCUCAAAAAGUUCUCCGGCUGCACCAUUGAGAGCAUCCUGACCGGUUGCAUCACCGCCUGGUAUGGCAACUGCUCGGGGAUCUCACCGUAAUGUGCUACAGAUGGUAGUGCGUACGGCCCAGUAUAUCACUGGGGCCAAGAUUCCUGCCAUCCAGGACCUAUAUAAUAGGCAGUGUCAGAGCAUAACCCAUACAAUUGUCAGAGACUUCAGUCACUCAAGUCAUAGACUGUUUUCUCUGCUACCGCACGUCAAGCGUUAACGGAGCGCCAUGUCUCGGACCAAACGACUCAACAGCUUCUACCCCCAAGUUAUAAGACUGCUGAAAAAAUAAUCAAAUAGCCACCGGACUAUUACAUUGACCCAUUUGUUUUGUACACUGCUGCUACUCGCUGUUUAUUAUCUAUGCAUAGUCACUUCACCCUUACCUACAUGUACAAAUGACCUCAACUAACCGGUAGCCUCGUUAUUGUGUUACUUUUGUUAUUUUAUUUUAUUUUCUAACUGUUGAACUGCACUGUUGGUUAAGGGCUUGUAAGUAAGCAUUUCACGGUAAGUUCUACACUUGUUGUUUUCAGCUCAUUGAUUUGAUUUGAAGUCCGGUCUCUGGCUGGGCCACUCAAGGACAUUGAGACUUGUUCCGAGACCACUCCUGAGUUGUCUUGGCUGUGUGCUUCGGGUCGUUGUCCUGUUGGAAGGUGAACCUUCACCCAUCUGAGGUCCUGAGCGCUCUGGAGCAGGUUUUCAUCAAGGAUCUCUCUCAUCAAGGAUCUCUUGCUCCGUUCAUCUUUCCCUCGAUCCUGACUGGUCUCCCAGUCCCUCCCUCUGAACAACAUCCCACAGCAUGAUGCUGCCACCACCAUGCUUACCCAUAGGGAUGGUAUUGGCCAGGUGAUGAGCAGUGCCUGGUUUCCUCAAGAAGUAACAUUUGGCAUUCAGGCCAAAGAGUUCAAUCUUGGUUUCAUCAGACCAGAGAAUCUUGUUUCUUAUAGUCCGAGUCCUUUAGGUGUCUUUUGGCAAACUCCAAGUGGGCUGUCAUGCACCUUUUACUGAGGAGUGGCUUCGAUCUGGCCUCUCUACCAUGAAGGCCUGCUUGGUGGAGGGCUGCAGAGAAAGUACUCCCAUUUCCACUGAGUGAACUUCGGGGUCUUGGUCAACUCCCUGACCAAGGCCCUUCUAUCCCGAUUGGGUGGCCAGCUCUAGGUAGAGUAUUGGUGGUUCCAAGAUUCUUCCAUUUGAGAAUGAUGGAGGCCACUUUGUUGUUGGGGACCUUUAAUGCUGCAGAAAUGUGUUGGUACCCUUCCCCAGAUCUGUGUCUCGACACAAUCCUGUCUCGGUGCUCUACCGAUAACUCUUUCUACCUCCUGGCUAGGUUUUUGCUCUGCCAUGCACUGUCAACUGUGGGACCUUAUAUAGACAAGUGUGUGCAUUUCCAAAUCAUGUCCAAUCCAUUUAAUUUACCACAGGUAGAGUCCAAUCAAGUUGUAGGAACAAAUCAAGGAUAAAUGGAAACAGGAUGCACCUGAGCUCAAUUUCGAGUCUCAUAGUAAUUGGUCUGAAUACUUAUGUAAAUAAGGUAUUUCUGUUUUUUAUUUUGUCUAAAAAACUGGUUUCGCUUUGUCAUUAUGGGUUAUUGUGUGUAGAUUGGGGAAGGAAAAAAAUUGUAUACAUUUUAUAAUAAAAUAAAAAAGUGUCACAUUUGACUAAUACAACAGGUGAAACGCUUAGUUUACAACAGGUGAAACGCUUAGUUUACAACAGGUGAAACGCUUAGUUUACAACAGGUGAAACGCUUAGUUUACAACAGGUGAAACGCUUAGUUUACAACAGGUGAAACGCUUACUGUGAAACGCUUAGUUACAAGCCCUUAACCAACAAUGCAGUUCAAGAAAUAGAGUUAAGAAAAUAUUUACUAAAUAAACUUUAGUAAAAAAUGUAAUAAAAAGUAAAAUAACAAUAACGAGGCUGUAUACAGGGGGUACCGAGUCAAUGUGCAGGUUGUGCAGGGAUACAGGGCUAGUCAAGGUAAUUUGUACAUGUAGUUAGGGGUAAAGUGGCUAUGCAUAGAUAAUAAACAGCAUGACACUGUAACGUAACAAAAUGUAGAAUAAGUAAAGAGGUCUGAAUACUUUCCGAAUGCACUGUGUCCCAGAUAUAUCCUCUUUCUGUUCCUGUUGUGUUUAAAGAUUGCUGCGGUUAAGAAACUUACAAUGUUUCUGUUGUACCCUCCUGGCCCUGCCCUGGGGUGAAGGAGGACUUUCAGAGGAUUAGGAUCUCAAGUUAGGAUUCAACAUUAAGUAGUCUGCUGACACCUGUGUUACUGAUGUAUUUUGAUAAAUAUCAAUGAAUAUCUACUAUAUGCAAACACACACAGCAGAAUCUGCAAAAUAUUAAUGUUGUGUAUUGUUAUUUUAGGAACAGAAUACUGUUAAGUGUAGAUUAUCUGUAGAUUAGAUUCUAAAUCGUAACAACAACCAGACAGGAAAAAAAAUGUAAGUGUUUUAAUGGUUAAAUGUUGCUGCGUUGCACUUUUUACCCCGGUACUGAUAGGAAGGUAUGGUAAUAUGACAGUGAAUGUAUUUCAGGAAGGAUUGUGCUAUGUAUUUUACCAUAAAGCAGGGUAGUGAGCGAGAGAGAGCGCGCAAGUGUGCGAGAACUAGGAAUGAGGUACAGUAGGUAGAGAGACGUCGCUAGUUAACAGCAAGGUUAUACAUGUAUGGACUUGGUAAUGUAGAUUUUAUUGCUAGAUAUUGCUGCACUGUUGGAGCUAGAAACAUAAGCAUUUUCUUGCACUUGCGAUAACAUCUAUAGACCGUGUACGUGACCAAUACAUUCUGAUUUGAUUUCAUUUUAAUGUUAAUGAAAUAAUAACUAAUAUAAAAGCUUUGUCUGGUUAGUGCAGUCCAUGACAUGAGAAACAAAUGAAAACAGAAGUGCCUGUUAAAGUAUAUUAGUGAUAAUUCUAACUAAUACCCCAACCCUAUAUUUUAGUUUUAAAAUAAGCCCACUCUUAGAUUUACGAGUAGGCUCACCUAUAGAUUUGAAAUAGGAUAGCUAGUAAUCAACCAUUUUGUUUUGUUUUUGUGUGUGCUUUAGUUUUUUAUCGGUGGUAGGGUGGUUUACUGAACUGAUGCCUAAGUUUAACAAUGAUCACGUUGACACAUCAAAUCACCAUUUGUGCUGAUGUCUGUCGUUGUUUGAUUGGGGAAAUGAACAACAGUGAUACAAUGCAGGAGGUACAGGAUCCAACUCAUUUCCAUUGCACGUCUUGCUGAUGUUUUUCUUUGUUUCCACAGUUCUCCACAAUGUCCCACCAACUGAUUGUUUGCUAUAUUCCAUUUCAAUAUUCAAGUUCUGUCUUUUACAAACUCAGUCCUCUGUACACGCCAUUAUUACACCUUUGAUGCCUUUCUCUACUCAUCUUUCAGUGUCUGUAAUGGAAAAUUAGCUGUACAGUAAGGGAGUUUUGUUAGUUACAAUACAUGCCUUAUCAAUAAUGUCCUACUAUCAGAAUGGCUUUUGCACAGCGCCAUCAUCAGUUUAUGGAAACUGUAGCAAAGAUUAUACCAAAUGUAAAAUGGUAUUUAUUUGAUCAGAUAACAGUUAAGAGGAUUGACAGUUUAUUCAAGUGUCUUUAAAUGUUUUAUUCUAUAACCCCCCCACCACCUUGCUUUUCUUUCAGCUCUUGUUUUGGUAAAGAAAAACAUAAUUUAUUCCUAUUGCUUUGUAGAAGAUUAAAGAUGCACUCUAGGAUCUUAAGCGCUUACAAAUUCGUAAAAGAUAUUGUAUAAAUUUGAAUUCGUAACAUAUAUGAAUUGCAAAAAAAACAGCAUUU